AUGACAACCGCUACAGGAGGAACAGGCUCCAGCCUAGCACGCGCGAUCACCAUUGUUGCAGGUGUCUCGGCUUUGGUCGCCUCUUUCUUAUCAUUAGUCAAAAAUUACCGGAAACCACUUCUCCAACGCUAUGUGGUGCGCAUUCUGUUGAUGGUUCCGAUUUACGCGGUAUCUUCAUGGACGAGCAUCGUAUCUCUCACUGCAGCUCAGUUUUUGGACCCCGUUCGCGAUAUUUAUGAGGCGUUCACUAUCUACACUUUCUUUCAACUCCUCAUCAACUUCCUUGGGGGCGAACGAGCUGUCAUUAUCAUGGCCCACGGCCGUCCGCCCAUCUCACAUGCUUGGCCGCUUAAUCACUUUCUCCCUAAAAUUGACGUCUCCGAUCCUCACACCUUCCUCGCGGUCAAACGGGGUAUAUUACAAUAUGCAUGGUUGAAGCCCAUUCUGGCGCUUGUCUCUGUCAUCUUGAAGGCAACGAACACAUACCAGGAGGGAUAUCUUGGAUUAGGAUCGGGGUAUCUCUGGACAGGAAUUGUGUACAAUCUUAGUGUCACAAUCAGUCUCUACUCUCUGGCCAUGUUUUGGGUGUGUCUGCACGACGACCUUGCACCAUUUCGGCCAGUCCCUAAAUUCCUAUGCGUCAAGCUCAUUAUCUUUGCCUCGUAUUGGCAAGGAUUCUUCUUGUCAAUCUUGCAGUGGCUGGGGGCGCUCGGUAGCGUGGCAGGAUACACGCCCAACAACCUUGCUGCUGCCAUCCAAGACAGUCUGAUCUGUUUCGAGAUGCCAUUUUUCGCAAUGGCCCACUGGUAUGCAUUCUCGUGGCAUGACUAUGCAGACCCAUCCAUUUCGUCCGCGCGUCUGCCCGUGAAAUAUGCACUGCGAGAUGCAUUUGGUGUUCGAGACUUGUGGGAAGACACCUUGCUCACCAUCCGCGGCGACAAUUAUGAAUACCGGCUCUUUGAUUCGGGCGACAACAUCGUACCGCAUGAGGAGUCCGGAUCUCGUGUGAAGCGAGUAAUGGAUGGAAUGAGAUACGAGCGGGGCGGGAAAGCCAAAUACUGGAUCCCUAAGCCUGGUGAAAUCAAUAGCCGCACGCCUCUCUUAGGUGGGGAACCCAGUGAUCGUGGCAGUAGGAGUGAACGGGCCAGUCAGACGUCGCGAGAAAGGUUCCGGUCCUACAGUGAUAUCGAUGAAAUCGCCAUGGACGAUGAAGAUGAGCGACUCUUCCUCAAUGCCCGUGCCCUGGAAUUUGGGGACUGGAACUAUCCAGUAAUUACCGCCAACGAGGUGCCAAGGGAUCAACGGAUAUCGCCCGCGAUGCGACGUCAAGAUUCAAACCGAGGGGCGGAUAUCAAAAAGGCCCGCCGGCAUAAAAAGGGCCGGGCGUCAGAAGGAGGAAACGCCAAAGCCAAGCCAAGCUCCAAUCAAUCCGGUGACCGAGCUGGCCCAAGCUCGCCGACACCCGGUUCCUUGCAGCGAAACCCUAGUUCCACGAGCUCCGGCGGCACACGACGCAGCCAGCUGGUUGACCUCGUGGUGGAGAACACAGAGGCUGAAGAAGAAGACCGGGCUCAAACGCAAAGAACGUAUGGUUCUGCGCAUGCAGAGCCCGAACCCCGGCGAUUUUCGAGACCUUCAGGAGAGCCAAUUGAAGAGGAGGGGGCCGAGUCUGCGACACCUCCAGAGUCUAAUUCAGAAGCUAAUCCAAGGUCCAAAUGGAGCUAUGGUGACCUAGAACAGGACAAUGUUUGGGGCUAG